GUGAGUUUUCGCACUAAACAACCGCGCUUUCAAUGACUGACGCUUGCGCCGUACCGUUCCAUUCCCGUGAAAGUACGGUUCUUUCACUUCUCGGAAACCUCCCGUAAAUCUUUCUUCUUCUAACGACCAUCAUCGUGUACGUCGAAAUAGUACCGUUUUCGCGUUUGCGAAUUUUCCGUGUCUCGUUUAGCGGGCUAGCACUUGUACGACGAGGUGAGUCGUACAAACUUCACGGACACCGGUGACGAUUUUGGAUAAGCAAGACCACGCAUACGUACGUGCGCGCACACCUAUACACGCACGCACGCACGUAUAUACACGGUGUAAUUAAUCCAUUAUCGUUCUACAACUUCAUGUACCAGCAUGAGUGACUAUUCAGCGGUCGCUCCGCCUCAAAACUUCAGUCAAAGCACCGCUUUUGCGGCGGCACUUCAACGUGCCAAACAGAUUGCUGCAAAAAUAAAUCCAGCGGGUGCAAAUAAUCAGGAUUCCAAGUUAAAACGUCCUUUAGAAGAUAGUUCGGAGCCAGAAGCAAAGAAAAUGGCAUCGUUAGUAUCAGAUUCUUUAAUAGGCAUUCGUGGAGGUCCUACAGGCAGUUCUAUCAGUGAUUCAAGUAGUCAAGGAUCUAGACCAGUUUCUUCCAGUGUAGGUGGUAUAUGUAAUGAAGAUAUCAGAGUUCCAGACAAAAUGGUUGGUUUAAUAAUUGGCAGAGGUGGAGAACAAAUAACAAGAUUGCAAAGUGAAACAGGAUGUAAAAUACAAAUGGCACCAGAAAGCGGCGGACUGCCUGAACGUGUCUGUACGCUAACUGGUUCGAGAGAAGCUGUCAACCGAGCAAAGGAGCUUGUGUUGUCGAUAGUAAAUCAAAGAAGCAGAAGUGAGGGAAUUGGUGAUAUAAAUAUGAGCAGUGCCAGUGCUAGUGGUGGUAAUGGAGGAAUGAUCCAUCCAGGAUUUGUUGAAAUAAUGAUUCCAGGUCCUAAAGUUGGUCUGAUUAUUGGCAAAGGAGGAGAAACCAUAAAGCAACUUCAAGAGAAAUCUGGGGCUAAAAUGGUUGUUAUUCAAGAAGGACCAUCUCAGGAACAAGAAAAACCAUUAAGAAUAACAGGAGACCCUCAAAAGGUUGAAUAUGCAAAACAAUUAGUUUAUGAGUUAAUAGCUGAAAAAGAAAUGCAAAUGUUUCAUAGAGGAGGAAGAGGUACUGAAAGAACAGGAAAUUAUUCUAAUGAUAGCAGUUUUAAUCAUGGCCCUGCAAAUAGUGAUGGAGUAGAGGUACUUGUUCCAAGAGCAGCAGUUGGUGUUGUUAUUGGAAAAGGUGGAGAUAUGAUAAAAAAGAUUCAAGCAGAAAGCGGAGCUAAAGUUCAAUUUCAACAAGGAAGAGAAGAUGGUCCCGGUGACAGAAAAUGUUUAUUAUCAGGAAAACAUCAAGCUGUUGAACAAGCUCGUCAACGAAUUCAAGAGCUAAUUGACAGCGUCAUGAGAAGAGAUGAUGGUAGAAAUAAUGUAGGAGGCAGAAGUGGUGUGAGAGGUAAUGGAUUUGGUAACAAUCGCAAUCCAAAUGAAUAUGGAACUUGGGAUAGGCGACAAGGUGGUCCUAUACAAGAUAAAAUUGAAACAACAUUCACCGUUCCAUCUUCUAAAUGUGGAAUUAUAAUUGGCAAAGGCGGUGAGACUAUCAAACAAAUUAACCAACAGACAGGAGCACAUUGCGAGUUAGAUAGAAGGAAUCAAAGUAAUGAAAAUGAAAAAAUUUUCAUUAUUCGGGGUAAUCCUGAACAGGUUGAACAUGCAAAGAGAAUAUUUAGUGAAAAAUUGGGCAUGGGUCCAGCAAGUUCUUCAUAUGCUGGAGCACAAGGAGCAGUUGGAUAUAAUCCAAAUUGGAAUACAGGGUAUCAAGCAUGGCCAAGCCAGCCACAGUCCAAUGAUGGAAGUAAUACUAAUCAAGCUCCUGUACAAGUUAAUCCGCAGACCGGUCAACCAGACUACAGUGCUCAAUGGGCUGAGUAUUAUCGGUCAUUAGGUAUGCAUAGAGAAGCAGACAUGAUUGAACAACAAGCAAAACAAGGAAAACAAGAUCAUAAUCAACAAGGAGGCAAUUCGCAAAAUCAAUCUAAUCCAGCAACAACGGGUUCUGCUGGACCAAGCCAGCCACAACAACAACAACAACAACAACAAACUCAGCAACAACAGCAACCGGGCGCCGCACAAAAUGGAGGUCAGGCUGAUUAUAGCGUCCAGUGGGCGGAAUAUUACAGAAGCAUCGGUAAAAUUAAAGAAGCCGAAGCGAUAGAAGCUCAAAUGAAGGCGGGCAAGCUUGGAAUGCAAGGAAACCAAAUGACUCAACAACAAAUGCAGACUCUGCAAGGACAAUCGGCUGGUCCACCAGGUACUACGCCCAACGCAUUUCCUCAAACUUAUGGAAGUUAUCCAACAAUGAACACUGGUUCCGCACCAGGUGGUUAUUAUGCAGCAAAUGCUGGAUCUAAUUCUCAAUCACAAACGGGACAGCAAAAUCCUUCUUUCCCAACAGGGUAUCAGAAUUAUCCUUACUCACAAUCUACUUCUGAGAAUUAAACUUCCAUUUGAGAGAAAGAUAAGCUAUAUUUGGAGCGGCCAAUUAGAGAAGUUUACCCGUCCUACAAUAAGCCAUGUGAGGAUCUACAGUUUAAAAUGUUUCAUUCAGCACUAAUCUACAUGUACACACUUGAAGGAAUCAGGACCUGCAAAUUGGAGAUUAAUUGGAUGGGAUAUAUAUAAUACAUAAUGUAGAAUAUAUAUAAUUUAUCAAUAUCGUAUCCUAAAUCUUGCUUAACCAGUAUUACGUGUACCAGUUUUACAUGACAUACUGUAAUGAAAUAUAUUGAAUUUUUAUUUAUCUGAAUAAUUAAGUUUUGGAAGACUAACUAUAGUCAUUUGUAAAAUAUCAAAUUUUUGUAUGCCUUUAUUACUAUACCAAAUUCUCUCUUAAAAUAAUUUAGAAUGAAUACAGGAUAUGUCAAAGGUGGAAUACACAAGAUGUAUCAAAAAAAAGAAGUGGACUAUUUUUCAUUAUGA